UUCUGCAUCCCAUCCUGAGGUGACAUGUGUCCAGUCAAUAUGAGGAUAGUUGAAAUCCCCCAUUAUUAAAGUAUUUUCUGCCUUUGUUUCCUCUGAACCCCAAUGGAGCAAGCUCAAGGAACUCAGUCAGAGCUCAGAGUUCCCAUUCUAUAGACGGAGAGGCUAACCACCCCAACCUGGAUGAUGAGAUUCUGCCCUUCAGAGAGUAUAUUACCCCAUCUAUCCCAUAGAGGUGCUGCAGAGGGGCUAGGUCCUUGACAAGGGCAGAAAGGAUCUCCUUCUGGUUAAGGCAAAGGAGCAGGAGAGGCAACUGGGCUGAGUUUGUGGCAUCUGUAAAGUAGGGAUGAGGAUAAGGGGAUGUAGAGGUGGUUGCAAAGCUAAAUUAAAGGGAUGUUUGCAGAGAGAGCGGAGAUCAGAGGCCUAGGGCUAUGUAAGUGAAAAGCACUAUAAAUAAAAACAGCCACUGACCUUAUAAAAAUUCAGCACAGAUUUUUUUAAUCUAUUUAAGGGGAAAUGAAAUCUAAGCUCCCUCUCAAAGCUCUCACAGAUCUCCAGUACUGUUUGCGGCUAUUGCUACUGCCUGCCAGACCAGCACUUCCAGCUUCACUUUCUCUUCCUGGCCUUAUGGGAGGCAGAGAGAAAGAGAGAGUCUCCUAUACACCUUUGAUAUCUUGCUGUGACAAUCUGAACGAUUUGAGUUUUCAUAAACAAUUCCAAGGGAGCUUUUAAAGAUGUCACUGAAUGGCACACGGCAAAUCUCCCUACAAUGGAGAGGCUUUAAAAACAGCCUUAAAGUGAAUCCAAAUGGAGGGACCCUGCCUUGUUCUCCAGGAGGCAGCCUUGUGAAACCAGGACAAUCUGUGCAGGGGCAUCAGCAUCGUCUGCAGCUGCAGGAGGGGGUUCAGCCUACUUCUGGCCGAGCUGUAAGGAGGCUCCCACUAAGUCCUGCCUCCCAAAGUACUUCAGAGGAGCAGUUUUGUUGCCUUUGCAAUGCAGCAGCUGGAAGACAGCAUCAACCCCGUGUCCUGGGGGAAGUGGAAGUACAGAUACCAUGGGAUUCCCUUACUACCCACGGCCCACCCCUUCCCCUACCCUAGUGGUGUCUCCACUUUGCUGCAGCUCCCCUCAGCCUGCCCUAGAGGACUCCCUUCACUCCCACUCCCUGCAGCUCCCACCCUGCCUGCCCUAGAGGCAGGGUUUAAUUUCUAAUGAAAAAAGUGGGGUAACUCAAGCAACUUUUUUACUGUCCCCAUAACCGAUGCAGCAUGCCCAGAGGUGCUGGGGCUAGGAACUGCCAAGCCUAGAGGUGCUGGGGCUUAGCCCCGGCACAAAUUAAGCGCUGUCUAAAGGCCUCCCCCGCUGCCUGCCUUAGAGGGGUCCCCCACCUAGGGUGACCAGACAGCAAGUGUGAAAAAUCAGGACAGGGGAUGGGGGGGGGGUAAUAGGCGCUUAUAUAAGAAAAAGACCCACCAAUCAGGACUGUCCCUAUAAAAUCAGGACACCUGGUCACCCUACCCCCCACCCCAGCUGCCUCUCCGGCAUCUCCAGCGCCCCGUGCUUGGCUUCCCCCCUGUCCCUGCCCUGGGGCCGGGCCGGACGACACAGGUGGAGGAGGAAGCGCCCACGUGGAGAGGCCCAGCCUUGCUGCGCGGGGGUCGGGAGAAGCAGCGGGAGGGCGAUGGCUCCGGGCAGAGGGUUAUCUAAGCCGAGGCGGUGCCCAAGCCGCGGCCGUACGGGAGAGGAGGAGCCAGCCGGGGAGACCCCACCUCCGCAGAGGUGACAGGCGAAGCCGGGUGCGGAGGGCGCCGCGCCUCAUGUCCAGACGGUGCCGUGCGUGCAGUGAGCGGAGCUGCCGGGGGCCGCUCUGCCCGCGCCCGCUGCCGGCAUGCGGGAUUACGACGAGCUGAUCUCCUUCCUGGGCGAGUGGGGCCCCUUCCAGCGCCUCAUCUUCUUCCUGCUCAGCGCCAGCAUCGUCCCCAAUGGCUUCAACGGCAUGUCCGCCGUCUUCCUGGCCGGCGCCCCCGAGCACCGCUGCCGGGUGCCCCCCGGCGCCAACCUGAGCCGCGAGUGGCUCAACGCCAGCAUCCCCCGCGAGGUGCAGGGCGGCCGGGAGGGGCCCAGCAGGUGCCGCCGCUACCGCCUGGAGUCGCUGGCCAAUUUCUCCGCGCUGGGGCUGCAGCCCGGCAGGGAUGUGGAUCUGAGUCAGUUGGAGCAGGAGAAGUGCCUGGACGGCUGGGAGUACAGCCGGGAGCUCUACCUCUCCACCAUCGUCACCGAGCAGACUAUACUUUGGAGCUACCAUGAUAUGAGGAUGACACGGAGUGGGCUAUGGAGAGUCAUGCUGUGGAAUCUGGUAUGUGAUGAUGACUGGAAAACCCCCCUGACUACCUCCUUGUUUUUUGUGGGGGUGCUUAUUGGAUCCUUUAUAUCAGGACAGCUCUCAGACAGGUUUGGCAGGAAGAGUAUUCUCUUUGCAACCAUGGCAGUGCAGACUGGCUUCAGUUUUGUGCAGAUCUUCUCUACCAGCUGGGAGAUGUUCACAGUGCUGUUUCUUAUAGUUGGCAUGGGACAGAUCUCGAACUACGUGGUGGCCUUCAUUCUGGGCACAGAAAUUCUUGGCAAAUCAGUUCGUAUUAUAUUCUGCACAUUAGGAGUUUGCAUAUUUUUUGCAAUUGGCUACAUGUUGCUGCCACUAUUUGCUUACUUCAUCAGAGACUGGCGGAUGCUGCUUCUGGCUCUUACAGUACCUGGGGUGCUCUGCGUUCCACUGUGGUGGGUCAUUCCUGAAUCUCCCCGGUGGCUGAUCUCUCAGGGAAGAUUUAAAGAGGCAGAAAUCAUCAUCCGAAAGGCUGCAAAAACAAAUGGCAUUGUAGCCCCAGCUAUGCUGUUUGACUCCACAGAGAUGCAGGAUAUGAAGCUUCAGCAGCAGCAGAAGGCAUACAUUUUGGACUUGUUCAGAACCCGAAACAUUGCGGUUAUCACUGUUAUGUCAUUGUUUUUGUGGAUGUUGACAUCAAUUGGUUAUUUUGGACUGUCACUCAACACUCCCAACUUGCAUGGAAAUGCCUACGUCAAUUGCUUCCUCUCAGCCAUUAUUGAAGUUCCGGCUUAUGUGAUUGCCUGGCUGCUCCUCCGAACCUUACCUCGACGGUAUUCCAUAUCUGGCACCUUGUUCUUAGGAGGAGGGGUUAUUCUCUUCAUUCAGCUGGUGCCUACAGACUUGCACAUCCUGUCUGUCUUCCUGGUGAUGCUGGGGAAGUUUGGGAUCACAUCCGCAUUCUCAAUGCUUUAUGUCUACACUUCUGAGCUCUACCCAACAAUAGUAAGAAACAUGGCAGUUGGAGCUACUUCCAUGUCUUCCAGGGUGGGCAGCAUCAUCGCUCCUUACUUUGUUUACCUUGGUGCCUAUGACAGAUUCCUGCCUUACAUUCUCAUGGGAAGCCUGACUGUGCUGAUAGGGAUCCUUACCCUGUUUCUCCCAGAAAGCUAUGGAAAUCCUCUCCCUGAGACCUUCGAUCAGAUGCUAAGAGUAAAAGGAUUCAGAAACAGACAACGCACCAACCAUGUAAGGAGUUCAAAGGCGAUUGAAGACUCCAAGACUCAGAUAACAACGCUAUGAUAAGGCUCUGCAUCUCCUGAUGGGCUGGAAAAAGAACAAGUACUGCUCAGUGCAUUUCCUACCAGAAAAAAAACCUGGGGUCAAAACUACUGGUGCCGCAUAGUUAUGAACCUACAGUCUACAGUACUAUUGUACUAAAUAUAGUGCUGUGAAGAUGCCAUCUACUUCCAUAGGAUUCCCCAUAAUUUAUCCGCAGUGACCUGAUUUUCAGAGGUUUUGAUCAGCUGUAGCUUCUGUUUAAGUAGGAAGCUAUGAGUGCUCAGCACCCUUUGAAAAUCAGGUUAUAAGAGAGCAUUCGGAGCAGUCACAGCAUUGACUCAAUGGAAUCUUGCACUCAAAAGCUGCUUAAACGUGAAUUGAAAUACCAAAGUCAAAAAUUAGUUCAAGAUUCUAACACCGGUAUUUUCAAAUGAGAACUAUUUCAAAGUCUUAAUGCUUAAAUGAACUUUAAAAAAAAAAGUUAGAACAAUAUUAGAUGAAGAGUCAAAUGACAGCGCUGCUCACAGUGCAAUACACUUUAUACUUAUGCUGUUAGUUCCUGCACUACAGGCUUUCGAACAAAUACUUUGCUAGAAGAAAACAGUGUUAUAAUGCUUUCUUAGCAAAAAAGAUAUUUUAGUUGCAUAUCUACUUUCUGGCCAAAUGAAAUCUGUCUAGCCUGCCGGAUUGAUGAUGGCUAAUCAUUAUUCAGAAGGUGACAUUCCCCAACUGUGCAGAGGACCAGCAAAAGGAGUAUAUACCAGUUAAGCCUCAGUCUGAAAGCUUAAGGGGGAUUUGAGUGCUGUGUUUGUCUUGUGCUGGCCCUCGGCACAGGAGUGAAUUUCACCUUAGUAAGCUUAAACAAAGAGAGAAACUUCAUAACCUCUCACCUACUUAAAUUGUGUAACUGGCAUGCACUGCAAUCUGGGCUUCAUGAAUCUUUUUUGCUUUCAUGUUGAAGCCAGUUGUGGCUGAGAUACAAGUAAUGAUAGAACGACAGUCGUUUAUGAAACUGAAUCUAUCAGGCAAAGGUAUUCAAACGGAAAUUAAAUUGAAGUGCAACAGACUAUUUGUUUCAGGCUUAAAGACUCUGGCUUUGAAAAUUAAACCUUUCUUUUGUAUAAAUGGUUUUGCCAUAUUGAUAAUGUAGCGCAAGGCAGCCAUUGUCCUGGGCCAAGGUUCUGUUCCGUUGCUGCUAUCUCAUCUCUUUUCAAACAGAGUUUUCUUCAUAAGGCAUUUGCAAUAUUUAAAGAUUUGAUAUAGCUGAUUUUUUUGGUAAUAUAGAGGAAAUUCCCUUUGGUCUAGCAUAUAGAAUAACUGUUUAGAUUACUUCAGUUACCAUUCUCAUCAAACCCUUGAUAUUAGAAUGGGAUAGAACUGUUUACAUGAGAUGCGGGGAUUGGGCUUGGUAUAUCGUGGCCAUAUUUUUAUGAAGAUACUUUCUAUAAAAAAGGCGAUACUUAUUCUCUUUUAUGUGAUCAGAGACUUGGAAAUUUCUGAAACCAAUUGAAAUAUUUUUAUACUCUUGUAACUUUUUAGGAUCACAGAAAAGUUAAUUUUGCAUGUUUUUAAUUAAAAUAAAAAACAAGUUUGUCUAUGUUUUUGAGCAUUUCCCAGGCCUUUAGCACUGAUACAUCUCACAGUUUAAGUAUUAGCAGCUUUAUUUUUAAUGAGAAUGUUUUUGACAUUAGGGGACUGUACUCAGAAGCUUGUGAAACUGUUAUAACAAGGACUUUAAAUUGUGUCUAAACGUAGCAAAAAAGGAGUUACUACACCUGAUGGAGCAUUUGCAAGGAGGCUUUCUGUCGUCUGAUAAAUCUUGCCCAGGUUUGAACAGUGAUGCCUGAAGAAAUCCAUAGAGUGUGACUCUAUGGAGGGAUCAAGAGGGGCAAAAAGUCCAGUUUCUGGCACUAUUAUUAUUUUAUUUAUUUAUUCUUAAAUUGUAAAGCCUUCCUAAGAGAAUUGCAUAGGCUUAAAAUGCUGCUGGACAAGUUUUAACAUACACUUGGUUUCGCCUAGCACUGCAGUCUUCAUGAUAAGUUGUCUGCCUGUCAAAUACAGCUUUGAUUAUAACAUUUUUCAAAUGAGUUAUAAGUUGGGGCUCGAUAUGGGAGCUGUAUAUUUAUGAGCAGUCAGGCUACCACUUGUAAAGCAGUGCUUUGGGGUUGGGGAAGGAGAGGAUUAUUCCCAUUGAUUUUGCUGGGAGUUGUAUUAUUCCUCGUGUGCCCUGCUAAUCACAUAUACCCUGCUGUGUCUGUAUAAUCUAUCCUCAGCAAGAUCUGAAGCUGGCUUAUUGGAGCUGCUGAAGUAUAGACGAAACUGUGGCAGUUGCCAUUAGCUUGUUUUUCUUUAUUAUAAUAAAAAUGUGCACUGACCUAUUAUAUAACCUAUUAUCUCUGUGGACUAUAACUGAAAAGAGUGAAGUCUCCUAUGUGUUUAAAACUUUGUGAAAGGAAGUCUCUUUCUUUAAGACAUUGACUAAGUUAUGUUUCAGUAACUGGAUAUCCUGGUUAUGAAUCUGUUUGAAUAGGCUCAUAAGGUGUGUGUGUGUGUGUGUGUGUGUGUGGUGGGGAAAUGCAAGUGAAAUCUAAUCUGCAAGCGGAUGGGAAAAGUUUGCUAAAGCUAGAAGUUCAUUUCACGUUCUUCUUGCACCAAGUUGGGCUUGGUGAAUGUACUUUAACAAUAGAGUCCCAAGAGAGAGCCACUGCUACAGCCAUAGGAGGAUUGUUCUUGGUCUUAAAAGCCUGUGGUAUUUGCAGACUUCUUUAAAAGAUUGCAGAACUCUAGUGACUGAUGUCUGAGCCUAGAACUCCUCAUUGCAAAAUGUUAAAUGCUCUCCAAGUCUUAAAAGGACGCUGUCUAGAGCAGGGGUUCUGAACCUUUUUCUUUCUGAGGCCUCCCCAACAUGCUAUAAAAACUCCACAGCCCGCUUGUUCUACGACAUCUCUUUCUGCAUUUCUGGUAGAUUAAAAGCCAGGGCUGGUAUUAGGAGGUAGCAAGCAGGACAAUUGCCUGGGCCCCCGCACCAGAGGGGACCUGCAAAGCUAAGUUGUUCGGGCUUCAGCUUCAGCCCCAGGUCCCAGUGAGCCUAAUACCGGCCCUACUCUCUGGUUUAUUUUGGUAGACCCCCUAAAACCUGCUCACGGUUCCCCAGUGGGCCCUGUAAGCCCUGGUUGAGAAGCAUUAGUCUAUCUAGACAAAGCCCUUUUUGGAAGGGUGACUGGAGAGUGGCUUUACUUUGUCUUAUUCGUCAGACUGCAGUGAGGAGCGGCUUCCUUUUUGCUACUGAUAGAUGCUUAAUCGGAAUGUUGUUAGAGUUUAAGCAGAUAUGUUUAACUCACUUGGGGCCCAACAUUUAAACUUUGUAAGACAGCUUUACCAAAAAUACCCCCUACCUGAGACCAAUAGAUACACUGUAUGAAAACAGUUUAGUUUUUUAAACAUAUGCCAUCUGCAGUGUUUGCAAUUCAAACAUUAAAACACAGAACCUGAAAAUGAAACUGACUAAAGAAAAAUGUUGCGGUCUGCACUGACAUCCAUUAUCCAAAGUGAGAUGAAUGUAGGAAGUAAACAAAUAACAUAAAUAGCGGAAAGUAAAAUUAGAUUUGUUUCUAAAUCGGAAGAGUUUUAAAAUCCAGAAUGGUAAAUAUAAGGAAAUAUAUUUAAAAUAUAACUUAAGCGGACAGUAACCCUAUAUAUGUGUGACAUUCCUUGGAAAUGGGGGAUGUACCCCAGCUUAUUAUUAGACAGGUUGAGAAGUCAUUUAACAUUUAGUUAGCAUGGAAUAAGUGUUGGGGGGAGGGGAGGGGAGAGAAUGGGAAGUGGGAGCACUACAGUAAGCUCUUCCAGAAUGGAGAACUAUCAAGGUAGGGCAGUCUUUUGGCUUAGUAACACUGAUCGUGUUCUUUUAAGGUAACUGACUCUUAAGGCCCCAAUCCUGCAAGCUAAUUGGUGUAGGUGCACUCCUGUGCUAACACAACACCACUUUGAAGUCAAUGGGGCUCUGCUUGGGUGCAAAGCCUCUGCCUACAUGGAUCCAUUUGUAGGGUCAGGUGCAUCCUUCCAUGAAAUUUUAAAAUACACAUUCUGAAACACUAAGUUCCCAUGUCCUAUUUAAUUUCCUUUAUGGUAAUUAAGUGUAAAUAGAUGUUCCCCAAGCUGAAAAUGUUCUAAAGGGAAAGUUUAAUAUUCAAUGUAAUUGUUUGGUACCGAUCGGUUUUCAUUUUCUUUUUGGGGACGGGGAAGGAGGGAACUAAUUAUUAGUUGCCUAUGGUGCUUGAUGAGACACACGUAAGUUGUAUCUAAUGUUUGUGAGACUAUAGUUUGUUUAUAUGUGGCAUUUUUUGGGUCUCCUAAUGCUUUGUAUCUGUCAUAAAGUCUGGAAAAUAAAAUCUUAUUGGCAACAAG